AUGAAGUUCAACCAUUCUGUUUUGACUUUAACUGCUGGUGCAUUGUUCGUCAAUGCUCUUCCGUCUGGCUCCUCCAGCGAGUCUAGAGGUCACGAUGCACCGCCGUGUAGAUUCGCCCUGAAGUGGUCGCAGGAGCAAGUUCUCGAGCGCACGGAUGAGUUCAUCUCCGACUUGCUCUACUGGGAGGGCAAAUUCCACCAAAAUGACAUUGCUUACAAUGCUGUGAACGGCAUGUCGUACGAUGGCUCUCAGAUUGACUGGGUCACGGGCGAGAACACGAAGAAGCAUACCUUCAGUGCUGCUAGCAAAGAGGCUUUACAAAUUAUGCUGUACUCCCGCGUCAUUGAUGGAUCUCCAGAAGCGGCCCGGUUUAUAAGCCCAAAGAAUCCAAAAGAUGCUUCAAGCCAAGUCAUCUCUAUCAUGGAGAAGAAACUCAAAACAUACCAGCGAUUCAACGAAACCUAUCCCGGGUUUGGAGGGGCUCUCCCAUGGAUAGCAACAAGCACUGCAGACGUUUCACCACAGGACGACUGGACCAAUCGCGUACCAGGUCUCGACAAUGGUGAAUUAUGGUGGUCUGUCUAUGCAUGGAUUCAGGUCCUGGAAAAAGUCGACCAGCAUGGUUAUCAAGAUCUAGCCAAGGGCUGGAAGACAUGGCUCGACUACACCUUGACAAACAUGGUCAAAAUCUUUCAUAGAGGCAACGGUGUUGUAUGCGCUGUCACCGAGAUUGGCGACCAAGCUCUGCCGGUCGACGACCCCGCCCAGACAUACAAGUGUGAGGGUGAAGGCGUACUGAAUGACCCGUAUGAGGGUGAACUAGUUCCCUACAUGUUCCACCUCUUCGGAAACCUGUCAGAAGAAGAUAAGGAUGCGUUGUGGGUGGCCAAGCGUCCGCAACUGGUCAAGGAUGAAUAUGAAAUGGGCGGUGUUGGCCCGAUCACAGUGGAAAGAGGAUAUUGGUUUUCUGGUCAUGAGCCAUGGAAGGUCCUCGAACUUCCCUUUUACGAUGUCGAUAUUAUCCGACGCGUAUAUCACAAUGCUGAGAGAGUCCGUACCUGUAACUCAGUGGUAACCAAGGUCCCGGGAUUAUUCGCGUCUGUCAACAAUAUUACAGACGUCGAGACCGACACAAUAAUUGGCUACAUCUCUCCGGCCGGUAUCCCCUCCAUCGCCAACCAGACGGAGCAGUACCUUGAUGUCAUCACCCCUUAUGCCUCUUGGCCGACGAUUCUGUUUGACAAGUCUGUCGGUCUCGCUUGGUGGAGAAAUAUGGUGUCCGGGAAGAAGAUGCAGAAUCCCUAUGGAAGUACCGAAUCUACAAGAGUCGAUGGUGAGGGUGUGUCUGCGCUCUUGACCUGGGACAGCAAGGUCCUCACUGUUGUUUCGAUACUUGGGGGAGUCGGUGAUCUUGCUCGUGAGAGAAUGCAGGCUGAUGGCGUGUACAACGAAUUUAUCCGUAUUGCAGAGCGAGAGUAUUCAAUGGUUUUCGGUGACCUCAAGGGAGAGGAUAUUGAACUCUGUUUGCCUAAGGUACAAAUUCCGGAUGGGGGACUCAAGGACUUUACGCAUUGCGAGGCAUAA